UUUGUUCGCGUGCUCCCGCUAACUUGACAGCGAUACGCUCACGCGCAGCUCAUCACUUGCUUUUCUUGCCGGCAGAAUAAAGAUCGUUCGGCCGAAUGUUGGCUUUCUCAUGCAUCAACGAUUCCAAAUUGGAUUCUGCUCGCGAAAACACUCUUCCACUUGUCAAUUAGACUCAGGUGCGGUGAACUUUUUUACUGUUUACUCUCAGGGACGCUUUCUUAUCGCGGGAGGAGGAAGUUGCAAAACCUCAGGGACGAAUAAAGUGCACUUUUUUUCUUUUUUUAAUGAGCGUGUACAACCACGGAGGAGAAACACUUGCCACCCAGCAUGGAGAUACCAACCAUAGCCGCGCGCUGACAUGAAGCUUCUUACCGGCAUGCAAGUCAGCUUGUAGUCGCUCUUUUUUUUUGUCUCGAUUCAGUAUCUGUUCUACACAAAGCCAAUUUUAUCAUCGCCUACGACGACCCCCUAAGUACCAUCGGACCAUGGCCGGUUCUUCCCCCUGGUUGUUCUGGAGACGGAGCCUCCUCCUGGCUGUUUGCAUGUGCGCGCUCGGGGCGCGCGGAUCUGAAGAGGAGGAGGACGACGGCGGCUUCAACUCUGAGUCAUGGCUGAGGAUGUAUGGCUACUUGCCUCAGGCCAGCAGGCAAAUGUCCACCAUGCGCUCCACGCAGAUCCUGGCCAACGCCAUCAGUGACAUGCAGCGCUUCUACGGCCUGGAAGUCACCGGGCAAAUGGACGCGCAAACCAUCAGCGCUAUGAAGAGACCCCGCUGUGGCGUACCCGACAAGUUCGGAGGCCAAAUUAAAACCAACGUGAGGCGCAAACGCUACGCCCUCACCGGGCAUAAAUGGAACAAGAACCAUCUCACGUACAGCAUCCAGAACUACACCCCCAAGAUUGGCGAGUACAACUCCUUCACGGCCAUCCGGCAGGCCUUCAAGGUGUGGGAGAGCGUCACCCCGCUGACGUUUGACGAAAUCCCCUACCAGGAGAUCAAGUACGGUCGGCGUAAGGAGCCCGACAUCAUGCUGUUUUUUGCGUCCGGUUACCACGGCGACAGCUCCCCGUUUGACGGCGAGGGCGGCUUCCUGGCCCACGCCUACUUCCCCGGGCCCGGCAUGGGCGGUGAUACGCAUUUUGAUUCGGACGAGCCGUGGACCAUCGGGAACCAGAACGUACAGGGCAACGACCUGUUCCUGGUGGCCAUCCACGAGCUGGGCCAUGCGUUAGGCUUGGAGCAUUCCAACAACCCUCUGGCCAUCAUGGCUCCCUUCUACCAGUGGAUGGAGACGGACAACUUCCAGCUCCCCGACGAUGACCUAAGAGGCAUUCAGCAGAUCUACGGUACGCCAGACAACAAGCCAACUCAGGCCUUGCCCACUGUGACGGCGCGUCGCCCGGAUCCCCGGCCGCCGCAGCAUCCGCCUCCGCGUCAGCCGGACCGGCCCAGGACCACCGACAGACCGGACCACUACGGACCGGACAUUUGCGAAGGCAACUUUGACACUGUGGCUAUGCUCCGAGGAGAAAUGUUUGUCUUCAAGGGUCGCUGGUUCUGGAGGGUGCGCAGGAACAGAGUCCUGGACAACUACCCCAUGCCCAUCGGACACUUCUGGCGAGGUCUCCCUGGCGACAUCGACGCCGCUUACGAGAGGCACGACGGCCGCUUUGUCUUCUUUAAAGGAAAUCGAUUCUGGCUCUUCCGAGAGGCCAACCUGGAACACGGAUACCCUCAGGAGUUGGUGGACUUUGGCCGUGACAUUCCCUACGACCGCGUAGACUCGGCCAUCUGGUGGGAGCCCUCUGGAUACACCUACCUCUUUCAGGGAGACUGGUAUUGGCGUUUCAACGAACAGGCACGCUCUGCCGACAGAGGUUACCCGAAACCCAUCAGCGUGUGGGGGUCAUCCGUACCCUCCGCUCCCAAGGGGGCCUUCCUAAGUGACGACGGAGCGUACACCUACUUCUACAAGGGCUCCAAGUACUGGAAGUUCGACAACCACCGUAUGAAGAGUGAGCCGGGCUACCCCAAGUCUAUCCUGCGGGACUUUAUGGGCUGCAACGUAGACCUGGACCCCCCUGACACCGACGACAAAUACCCCAACGUCAACCAGCCGCCGUUCAACCCGGACGCCGGGCGCGAGGAUGACAACAAAGUCGACGAUAAGGACGGGGAGGAUGGAGGCAGCGACGAGGAUGAGCACGAGACCCGCGAGGAGGACACCAACGAGGUGGACGUGGUUCUGAAGGUGGACGACAGCCAGGAGCGGACAAUGAACAUCCUGAUGGUUACCAUCCCUCUGGUUCUGGUGCUGUGCAUCCUGGGCCUGAUUUACGCCAUCAUCAACACUCUUCAAAGCAAAGGGGCGCCGAGGCUUCUGGUGCACUGUAAGCGCUCGCUGCAGGACUGGGUUUGAACCCUGAACUCUAGAAUGGGGACGCUGUACCCAAGACGGACCCUCAGCAUACCCGCAAACAAAUCAUAGAAACAGGUGGUAACAGAUCCAUGCAGUUACUGUACUUACUAGGGAAGGGCAUUAUAACCUAUUGAUGGAUCAUUGUUGACUCACCGCAAUCACUUGGUGUCAAACUCAUUUUUCAAAAUUCUAAUACUGUAUCAACCACCCAUUCAGCAAGGAAAGGUAUGUAGACAUACUUAAAUUGCAUUAGUGGGCCACAAAGCAGAGUUUGGCACCGCCAUUCAUUUCAGUGAUCGAUCCAUCAAAGACAACUGGUGCCCAUCCGUAGUCUCGCCGCCACGGUGCAUCGACUGCAGUCUAUUUAUACGAGACGAGUUUGCACAUUGUUUGUGUUUAUUGGGUGUGACUUUGUUUGUCUUGUUUUCAUCAUUUUUGAUUGAUUUCUAAACCAGGAAGUUUGCUCUAUUCUCCGGGAACCCUGCCCCCUGUCUCCCUCUGGCCACGGUACACUCAGUUUACAUUCAGUGGCAGGCUGACACCCUUUUUGCUUUAAUGCCGUCCCUCCUGGAAUUAUUUUAAAAUUCGGCUGUAUCAUCGUAGACAUAUCAAACACAGGUAGACAUACAAAAUCGCCUGAAGAAGUCCUGACUAAAAGUCUGCCCUUGUGGUUUAAAACUGCCAAUUUCCAGAGGUCCUUCAAAGACAAACUCCUUGGAAUUUGGUUCCAUUGCCAACAGAUUGAAAUUUAUUGUACAUCCCUCUAAUACAUUGCUAGUACAAUACAAUUGGGCAUUUGACCAAAAUUAGAACCAAGUUGACAUAAACCAUCCAUUGAUUUCCCCCUCUCCACCUUCCACGUACGUUCUUUGCCUUCUUUGGAAGAUGUUAAAAAGCAUUUGUAAACAGUCUCUAAAAGGAAGCGCCGGCCUAAACUUUAUGCGUCUCACUCUCAGACAGAGCAGAGAAAGUCUCACAGGAAGACCACCCGUCGCCUCUGCUUGGAGGGGGUGCAAGGUUCGGUCCCGUGGGUUUAAAGGAGGACAUAAGUGCACCCCCCGCUAUUAAUGUAGCGAGCAACCUCUAAUGGACUUUUUACAGCGGCACUUAUUUGUAAAGGUGGUGCGGCAGUGAUUUCACAGACAAUUAGACUCGAGUCACAGGGACUCUGACUCCAGGCGACUCAAAUCGUUAAUUUGAUGACUUGCAACUUGGACUAGGAAAAAAAAAAACUUGAAUCGCUUAAGCUGGGAGGGUCUGAGACUGGACUUGUGAGGCAAUAACUUGAGACUCAGCUCGUGACACAUUGACUCGAGACUCGACAAGCUGACUCGAAAAACUUGAAUCAUGGAUUGGUUGGACUUGAUGUUGAGACUCGACUCGAGACUCAAAAUAACCUUAUUACUCAACUUGACUCGACUUAACCUCGUGACUCGACUCAUUGCAAAUUUGAUGACUCACAAAUUAACUCAGACUUGAAGAUAAAAAACGCAGACUCGGACUUUGACUCUUGUGCUGGUAGGCGCCAGGACUCGACUCGACUUGUAAGGCAAUAACUCCAGACUCAUCGAACAGACUUGGAAAACUUCCCACCUGCCAGUGAUCCGGUGGGAAAACGUAAUUCUGGUUUAUUCCCUGCAGACUGUACCGCAUAGUUUUGUUAUGUGACUAGCCUGUGACUCGACUUGACUCGUCUUUACAACCUUUGACUUGAUACGACUUGUCUUUACUACGUUGUGAUUCGGCUCGACACGACACGACCUUGAGACUCGAUUCGAAUUGACUCGACAUAACCUUGUGACAAGACUCGACUUUACUUUCCCACAACAUAUAAGACUCGGGACUUACUUGUGACUCGGAUCAUAGCGCGCUUUCACAAUAGCACGCUAGGUGUUUUUUUCACAUAUAGUCUGCUCUGUUUGGUAAUGGGAAUGCGCGUUCGAAGUCUAGUUCGGAACAAACAAACGAACUCUGGUCCACUCAAAAAUCUUGGGUCUCGGUCCGCUUUUAGCGUAACCUGCUUCACUUGUGAAUGCAAGUGGACCAGGGUGCGCUUAUGCUACAUCAUGUGCAGCUGCUGUGAUGCUCCACACUCCCUUCGCUCCCAGGGAGGUAUUUCGUCUUUUAAAUUUGUCCAAUUAAUGAAUUUUCAACAAGUCAUUUGCAAGUGUUGUUGGAGGUAGCUCUCCAACCAGACCCUGGUCCUCUUGGUCUAAUGCAGUGGUUCUUAACCAAGCUAAAAGUACAGAACCCCACAAGUUCCUCGUGUAGUAGAUAAUAAAACCAUUUAUUUCAAACUCAAAACCGAUAUUCCAAGCUAGCUAAUUUAGCAAAUUCCCAUAUAAAAAAAAUCAUUUUGAAAGGAUAUUUUAUAAGAAGGUCAAAAUUUGAGACCACAUGAGGCCCACCCAUUUGAGGUCCAUUGGCCGUGGCGCAGUAGGGAGUUGUCCUUAGACCGAAGGAUCAGCGGUUCGAUUCCCGGCUAUGACUGCCCUUGAGCAAGGCACUGAACCCUGAUUUGCUUCCAAUGGGUUGGCAGCAGCCCCAUUGGUGUGUGUGAAUGUGUGCGUGCUGAUGUAAAGCGCUUUGGGCAUGGUAACCAUGCAGAUAAAUGCACUAUAUAAGUACUGUCCAUUUACCAUUGGUCUGUUGUAUUACCUGACACCAAGUGCGAGUCAACAUUCCACUGAGCAAACCAGGUCCUCCUCCCAUCAGAUCGAGGACUAGCAGUUAAAAGAAAUCAAUUAAGCCCGCAAAUUGGGAGCAAACCAGUCCAAAACCUGGUUUAAAAAGCCAAUUUGCUUAGAUUUAAUCAGUGUACGAAAAUAGGGCUUUGCUUUUCUUUACCUUCGCCGAACCCCUUAGACCAGGGGUCUCCAAACCGGUCCUCAAGGGCCGCUGUGGGUCCUGGUUUUUGUUCCAACCGAUCGAGUACCGACAGUUUAACCAAUGAAGAUUCUGCUAAAACAAGUAGCACCUGACUGCAAUCAACUGGUUACACUUGUAAGACACCAGAUUGGCCUUAGACUGACUCACCCAACCCAGGUUAAGAACCACCGGUCUAAUGUGAAAGUGCCUAUAGUGACUCGUGCAAUUGUCUGGGAUUUCAUGUGAACGACUGCUAAUCCGCUUCAUUAAAGAAUAGCAGGUGUGCGCACACGCCACUGGACCCCCACUGACCCGAAACCUUGAACCCACGUUACCCAAAACACACUUUCACGUAGCAGGAACAAAAGCAAAAAAAAAAGUGUUUUUGCCUUUGAAGGGGUUCUACAAACCAUAACCAAGAUAAACAUUUAUUAGCGAUGGGGGGCCUUUCCCGUUGCACCUCAGAAUAGUUCAACUGAACUACACACAACCACAACUCAAUGAUGUCAUGAAUGACAGUUCAAAUUCUACCUGUUUGUUGUCUUUUCUGCUUAUUCAUUACUACUAAAAGGUACGACAAGAGUAUCAGAAAGGUGCUAGGUAGACAGAAUCGCCACAUUACGAUUUGUGAGUGUCUAUGUCUCGAUGUUUUUCAGUUCCGUGAAAAGCCGGUGAGUUUCACGCUGACACUGAACAUGACUUCAAUAGGGGAUGUUUUAUAUGAGCGGCUUAGCUUAGCUUAGCUUAGCAGCUCAGGUUACACAUGCAUGGAGAGAACAAAUUUCCUGCCUUUUGAGACAAGGAAAGAAGGGGGCAGGGGGGCGAGCACAGUUUGUAGAUCUCAGACAAGGAGGGCUAGUGGGAAAAGGGGGAGGGCAAACUGGCAAGACGCCACAUGACCCAAAUUCCCAGUGUAGCCAGGCAGCAGCUGGCUGCGUAGGAAAGCCGAGCUUUCAGUGGGAACGCUUUGUGUUUACUAACUUUAAAGCCUCAAUUUCAACGCUGACAGUCGGUCUGCCCUACCCCUCCCAGACUGCUGCUUCUCAAAUUCAGGUCCCAGGAUCUUCGGUCCUUAAGCCGUCGCUUGUCAUUUAAGUGCAUACAAACUCCAUAUCUUUGCUUUUGGCCAGUUGAAAGCCGUGAUAUGAUUGUGAUGUAUGAUCACAUACAUCCGACAUCCCGAGUGAACAGGACACAUUGCUGCAUUGACAGGAAGCAGUCAAUGGCAGUUGCCAGGAAACGGUAUCAUCUGUCCGUUCUCAACGCAGGGGGGAUGGCCGGUGGCAGCUAAUCAGCGCUAAAAGCAGACACCCGUCCCCCCGCGUCUCUUCUUUCCUGCUUUUCACCUCCAGACGCAAUCAGUCGACACCAGAUGAGUAGAGUGACUCAGCAAAGUCUUUGCAAGGUGACCUUGAUCGAUUUGUCUCGAACAGAGCAUUGAAAGCCUUGCGAUUGCUGGGUUUCUUCUGUCUUCCCUAUUUUAGUCAUAUAUGCUGAUCAGGUUUAUGGCUUCCACCUUGCGGUGAGCGCAACAUUUGUUUUAGAACUCUGUAGUACAAGGUAAAAUCUUCCUGAGAUCCUGCAAGAAACUGAUGUGCUUCCACCAGACAGGACUGUUUAGUAGUCCUAGUUACUGUAACGGGUGCAAGUUGUGCUUAGCAUAAGAAACCUCUCUCCCGAUGCCUUCAAGAGAGUACGCCAGUGGCUAAAGCUGCUAGCCUGUGCUUUUGGCUUAGCAGUUAGCGUGCUCUCCUACCGUGCUGGAUGCGGGUUGGAGUCCUGAUUUGGAUGAGGGGACGGAUCGCAUAAGCUGCUUUCGCACUGUAGAAACGAUCCUCAGUUCCUGUAACACGGAUGGGCAAACUGGUCCUUAAAGGGAACCACAGACAAAAAGACUUGUAGUUCUUAAAAGGUAAAUGUUAGUAUGAGUUAUAAUAAUUUGAUAUUGCAAACCCUCUUAAUGGUUUAAUUUCUAUAAAUUUUGAAAAAUUAGUUAAACUAGUAGGUCGCCAUGCGGUGACGUCACUGGGCAGCGCUGCCGUACUUUCAGUGUUAUUCGUUAGCUACAUAAACAUGUCGUCUCUUCUGCCCUUCCAAUUUGAACCCGAGCGGAAAAGUGAUGAGCAGGACAGCCCUGUCGACGGUUCACAAAACUAGCAGAAAAAGCAGUUAAAUGAACGUCUCAAGCGGGAUUCGAACCCACGUUACCCGCGAACAGACGACCACAUGACUACACUUCCGCAUGACGCCAGUGUCAUGAUUUCCCUUAUAAAGCAAACGCAACCCACAUGCGCUGUCUGUCUAUGAGGUAAAACCCGAAAGGGAUACACAACAGAAAAGUGCGGCUGGCUUGACCAUGGAAUUAAAAAAACGUGGCUCACUUCAGACAGCAAGCAGACAACAAUAAUAUAGGGAUUGCGUAAAAGGGUUUAUUGAAAAAACACAAAAAAACAUGCGAUUAUGAAAAAAAAACAAGUGAAAACCGGGGUGAGAGCCAGACAAACCAAAAAACAA